GACGUAGUGCACAAUGUCCGACGAAGAAGUUAUUUUUGAGAAUUCUGCCUUGUUUCAACACCUGCAAGAUGUUGGCUUCAGUAAAGAUGACAUCCAUGCGGAGAAAAUACAUGCAAAGACAUCCGCUGAUCAGUUUGUUCAGGAGGUUACCAAGCCAAAAGGUGAAUGGUUCUCCGCUUUGAAGAAUGGCGCCAUCUCCAGGAUUGUCGGGUGUUACCAGAAAGCGGUCCAUGAACAGGAUGCCCACUAUAAAACCAUAGUGACCCAGACAGUAGCAAGGAGUAAAGCGCUCGUGGAAGAUGACGCUGCCUUUCUGGAAAAUUUCGUUGCGUUGCCAAAAGAAGGAGAACAACCGAAGAAGAAGAACCCGCAUGAAUUAACGCUGAGUAAGGUGUUGAGGGUCUGGAGUCACUGGGCGAUUGUCCUGGCUUACCUAGUCCACCGCUUGAUCACCUUGCAAUUGCCCAACUGGUAUGUCUUCACAGACAUCUGCGCUGGCCUCGUCAUGGCGUUCUACCUUAUUCCGACAACGGUCCUCUAUCUGUUCCUGUGGAGACACAACGCUGCCUGGCUGCAGAUGAUGCAGCAACUACAGAUGUAUCUGAUCCUCGCAACUGCUCUGUCGCAGUAUAUGAAAAAGUCUGUGCGCUUUAUUCAGGAGAUGGAGCUGAUCAAUAGAGGAUUUACUAUGGUGUCGGCUUUAUCGCCCGUGACCAGGUUAGAGCAGUCCUCACAGAAAGGCAGCCUGCGCCAGUCUCCCCAACUCAGACAGAUCCUGUUCCAUGUGUCGAGGGACAUCAUGCUCAUCCAUAAAAGAGCAACAUGCAUUUUAUUAGAUGUAUGCCCUUUAUUGCCUGAGAUUGACAACUCCAGCAACUAUAUCGCUAACAUAUCACUUGACGAGUAUGGACCAUGUCUCUCAAUAACCCUGAAUAGCAAGGAAGCUGAGGCCAAACUAAUGGAGGCAACAGAUGAUUAUGCUUUAGCUGCCCUCAAGGCGAUGUGUCAGCUGUGUGAGUUACAGUUUUCCGAGUACACGCGGAGAUUUGCCUUAAGCCAUGUCAGUGACUUAGAGAGACCAAACCGCAGCAACAAGCAAAAUAAGAAGUUGGUUUACGUUCAGAUGUUGCGAGAACUGAUCAGCAAGCUACAAGAUGGUGUGGGUACGCUGCAGAGGCUGUAUGAAUUCCACAAAUGUUCCGUGUUGGAGAGGCGUAGAAGUAGUGCUGGGAUACUGCCGUUGGCAAAGACUCCCCAAGAAAACGUUCACGUGGCUGUCCACAGUUUGGAAUUGCACUUACUGUCAUUGUUGAAGAGGGUGAGGGAUGUGCAGGACACAAUACAAGCAAUGGAGCCCUCAGAGAAGCGUAACCUUGAGGUCAGCAUCCUCUCUGAGUACCAGAUCAUGAAGAUGGACCUCGAUGCAUGCCGGGGAUGCUGGGAGGAAGGCCUGGCGCGAUUAGAGAAAAUGUUUGACGUGAACCAACACUCUCAAACAGUUUCCAAUGUUGAGACACCCACACCAUCAGCCUCGGCUGCAGACAUAAAACCAAUCCCUCUGAUCAAGUUGGACAGCCCCCUCAUCCAAGAUGAGGUGUUUGAAGCCUACACUGACGACGUUGAUGAAAUCCAGCGAGACUUCAGCUGGGACGAGUUCCUCACACCGGAGGAAAAGGCCAAAAAGAAGCGAGAGAAGGAAGAGGCCAAACGUUUGUUAAACGAGCUGCGGUCUGUCAUCAAUAUCAAGGCAGCUGAGAGAGAAAGAAGGGAGCAAGUUGCCAUGGAACGUAUGAAAGGUCAGCAGGAGGUGGUGAAAGGUGAAGAGGUGAAGGUCGUCAAAGGAGAAAAUGAAGCUGAAGCUGAAGAAGGAGACGAGUUGAGUCUUAGUCAUGAUGGGGGUGUUGACUUGGAUACGAGUGUUGAAACAUUGAAGGCAAGCGUCGAAACAUUGGAUGGAUCAAAGGGGAGCAAUGAGGAAGACAUGGCCCAUGGAGAUGGAUUGAAACAGGGUCAUGAAAACUCUGGCGAUCUGAACAAAUCUGUUUUUGCAAAAUCAAAGCCUGAUAUGUCUUUCCCUGAUGUUCUUGUGCCAGGACCGAGUAAGAAUGAUACACCAUCAAGUGCAAGUGGAAGUUGUAGUUGGCAGGUUCUAGAUGAUACUACACCGUCUAGUAGCGCCAGCUGGCAGGUGAUAGAUGAACAACAGUCAAAAGAGGGCAGCAUGGUGCUGAGCGACGGUAGUAAUUAUUCAUUGGGUGAUGUGGUGCAGGGUAGUCGCCGUCAAUCAAGUGGACGAAUAUCUCAGAGUAUCAGCAGUGAAAGUCCCAGUUUUGAGCUGAUACCAAAGUCUACGAUGGCCGAGAGUGAGAGCAGUGGCAGUUUUGAUAUCCUACCCGACAGCCCUGAAGAUGAAGAUAGCUCCAUCAAAGCUCUCAAUCCACAGCCUCUACUCGACCCUGAUAUGGACAGAGAACGCAUUGAAGAUAAAUUGGAGCGUGUUUGCGGAGCCAAUUUGGCAUUUACGUCGAAUGUUGCAGCGAUGGCGGUUGCACGGUCGCAGAAUCUUGGGCUGCAGCAGGAUACGUUUGGAGAUGAUAGUGAUGAUGAUGAUGAUGAUGAUGAGAAUGGGGUGACUGUUUUAGAAUGUUGAGGUGACCUCAACAGUUGGAUGUAGUAUGUUUUGUUUUCUUGUCGAUGAUUUUCUUGUUGUUCUCUGAUAUUUUGCUUAUUGUUUUAAUAUACAGUAUUGCAUUGAAUGUCAGACUUUGGUGCUAUUUGGCCAUUUUGCAUUUAGAAGUAUUGUUUAUUGGCAAAUUGACUGUGUCACUUGAUUAAAAAUUUGUUUUGAUUGAAAGUUUUUGUUGUUGAUGAAGAUUCCUGGGUGUUGAUGUCUUAAAAACCUUGAUUUUUGAAAACAAUAUUAUCAAAAGCUUGUAGUUGGCACCUACUACCCAUUUUGGUGCAUUGGGUCACUGCAUGCCUCGCUUUCUUUGUGGCCUUAUUGUUUGCCUAAAACUGUGGACUGGUUGAUAUUUUCUUCUGAACUAUCAACAUUAUAACUGAUGUGCAACUGAUAUCAACUGAAUUGAGAAAUGUGGCAAUUUCAGAUUUAUUGUAUGACUGGGUACAUGUGAUAUUUCAACUUAUUUAUCAACGCCGUCUGUGUAAUUACUGUGGCAUGAUCAUGAUCAUGUUUAACUUGAGUAAACAUAAUUGAUAUUAAAA